AUGGUUUUGCAUGAUCGUAAAUUCGGCACCACGCACACGCAAUACCAGUACUACAUGCUUUUAAUUUUUUAUAGGAAUUCCUAAAAAAGAAAAUGCUAGUCUUCGCGCAAAACACCUCCUAGCCACACCUUUUUGUCCUCUCAACACUCCUCUACUCAGGUCUCUACUCAUUCCACACCCACCGAAUAAGUACUUACACCAUCGUAAAACAUGACUACUUCCAGUCCAUCUGAAGCAAAGUACGCGUCUCUGCUUCCCAGCGGAACUUCCCAGAAGAUGUCAACAGAUGGUCCUCUGGGUACCUCGUCAGGUUCGAAAUUCGGAGCACGAUUUGGUUUUGAGACUGAAGUUAAGACCAUGGAAGAUUGCCUAGAAGUUGUAGAAGUAGUUCUGGACGAUUGAUGUCUACUAGAAGUGGCUUAGCACGUACUAGAAGUCGUGGCUUAACACGUACUAGAAGUCGUGGCUUAGCACGUACUAGAAGUCGUGGCUUAACACGUACUAGAAGUCGUGGCUUAACACGUACUAGAAGUCGUGGCUUAACACGUACUAGAAGUCGUGGCUUAACACGUACUAGAAGUCGUGGCUUAAUACGUACUAGAAGUCGUGGCUUAACACGUACUAGAAGUCGUGGCUUAACACGUACUAGAAGUCGUGGCUUAACACGUACUAGAAGUCUCGGCUUAAUACGUACUAGAAGUCGUCGUGGCUUAAUACGUACUAGAAGUCGUCGUGGCUUAAAAAUACGUACUAGAAGUCGUGGCUUAAUACGUACUAGAAGUGGACUUUCUAUGAACGAUUGUCAUUGUCUACCAGAAGUGACCACAAUUGUCUACUAGAAGUGACCACGAUUAUCAACACCUUCUAGUUACUGCGGCUUUCCUACUAGAAGUGGCUCGUCCGCUGAAAGUGGCUUGUCUCUCCUGAUUCUUCAUCAAAAAACUUUGACACCCUAAGCAUAUGCUCUAAUCCCAGUCGCUAUGUAAAAGUUAACGGGCAUGAAGUUUUCCAAUAUUCAUGGCCGGUAGCGAGUCCGAAAGCGAUCCUAUACGUGGCCCAUGGAAAUACGGAGCAUGCGGCUAGGUACAGUUUCAGUAGUACGGAUCCGAGUGGUCCCUAGAUAGCCUAGUUGUAGAAAUGAUCAAUGAGCGAAAUCAGAUGAACACGACAUUAUGCACACAAGGUACUAGCACGAAGGAUUAUAUUGAAAUAAAUAUUUUUCAAAUACUAGUACCCGUACCGGGCCGCCCAGCAAAUCGAAGAAGAUACUUGUCCUCCUUCUACCUAGGUAUCUUCGUUAAUAACGAAGAUACCUAGAGAGAGGGAUAGACGCUUGUUUAGAACCUUGUUUAGAACAAGUAGGGCUACCUCAUCGGAUAAAAAACUAACUCCCUUCAAGGUAUCGUAUCCUGGCAAAGUUUUUGAACGAACAUGGGAUAUCAGUCUAUGCCCACGACCAUCUUGGACACGGGAAGACGGCUGAGCGUGAGGGAUGCCCACUUGGAGAUACAGCCUAUGAGUGGAUUCAGAUACCCAAGGAUUUGCAGGCGUUAUGUUUCGAGAUGCUGGACCAAAAUGCAGGUCGGGUCCCAUUUUAUCUCAUGUUAAGAGACAGUUCUAGUUCUAGUAUAUCUAAUUCGAAUCGUCCAACAUCAACAUCAUCAUCAUCAAGAGAAAGCUCUAGUUCAUGUGGAUGUGUCUAAUAGGAUUAAUGGGAAUGAAUUGGUGUAAGUGUUUCUGAAGAUAGAGCUAACGGCAUGAUGAAAACGAAGAUAUCAACAUCUUCAGAUUCUGGAACUAGAAGAAGAAAGCAAGACACCAAGAUGGUCUCCCAAGAAGACAUCAUCCCGUAGCCGUAGUAAGGAAGGAAAAAUUAAUCUUCCUACCUUUUCCUCUAAUAACGGGCCACUCAGUAGGCACCUUGAUAUCUCAGAAAGCAGUACAGAUGGACAACGGCGCACUCGGAAAGCGAAUAGACGGACUCAUAUUGAGUGGACCGGUAUACAGAGAGGGCACGGAUAGUUUAUGGACGACUUAUAUUGAGAUCAAGUGGACCUGUAGCAGUACUAGCGUGCAUGAUAAAGAAGAUGAGCAAGAUGGUGUUCCUGAACUUCCUUCGAGUAGGACAGCGACAGGUACCAAUGCUAGUAGUACCAAACGAUAGCAUAAUCUCCCUAACAUGAUAUCCAGGUAUUUCGUCCCGGUUUUGUGGUGAGUUGUGUUUUCUUGAGUCUAGUGGGAGUGUUUGGCGCUUUGCUUGGCAGGCAUUCAAUCACCAAAUGGCACAAUACCAUAGAAAGGACAGCCGUUUUCAACGAAUUUCAAGGCCACUUCAAACCGAAUAAAACGGAUUUUGACUGGUACUUCCUGAAGAUAUUACUGAAACAGAACUGACAUAAUAUUAGCUUGACGACGGCAGAUCAUCAUCAUCAUGAUCAUCCUCAUCAUUUUUCCAAGAUCAUCAUCAUCAUCAUCAUCAUCAUUUUUCCAAGAUCAUCAUCAUCACAUCAUCAUUUUUCCAAGGAUCAUCAAGGAUUCUUCGUCUCUCCUCUCAUUCUUCAGGUUAUCCCGUGACAUUGCAGAGGUGCAAGAAUAUUCCGACGAGAAUUGCGGUCACAACAUGAGCAUCCAUUAUUGGGCAGGCUACUUCCGAAAUUUGAUGUCCGUAUCAAAAGACGACUUCUCUUCCAUGGACAAGAAACCAGUGCUCGUCUGUCUCGGCAGUGAGGACCCUUUGGCGAAGGAACCAAUGGCUCCCUUCGGACCGAAAUGGAAAGCCUUGUAUCAUUAUGAAGAUUUCUUGCCUAUUCAACAUGAAUGGCUUCGGUAUUUGGUAACCUGAAUUGGAUCACAAGGAUUCUCUUCUUAUUUUCCCUUAUGAUCGAAAUCAGGCUACCGAUGAAUCCCAGAACAAUACACAACAUCUCGAUCUCCUACUUAGAAAGUUUUGCCUGACGACAUCCUCAACCUCAUCCUUCUUCUUCCACAACCAAACCUCUCUUCUUCAUACAUUGCUGAUGGGCGAGUUCAAGAAUUGCGAAGACUUGCGGAUACUGAUUCAUGCGUUUGCCCGUCACGAACCUCAUAACGACAUGGGAAAAAAGAACGUUUUCCAGAACUAUGUGGAUUGGAUUUUGUCACCGAAAUUUCCUUUGUCGAAGCUGUAGUAGGCUUUUGUCUUUUCAUCCGACAUGGUUGUUGAUGAAGACGAGUGUCCUCGCCAUAUUUAAAAAUAUUCUUUUCCGCAUCAAUAUCAGAAGAGUCACAACUCUGGUGAUGUCCUAGUCCUUGUCCAUAUCAAAAAUCAUAAAGUUCCAGUUGAUGUAAGUACAAAUUGUAAGUUUCAGAAGCAGAUGCAUACAAUAGAAUAGAAGAACUACUACUGAGUAGGUCUACUAGUACGAUGAUGUUCUUUUUCGUUUUGUGGCCACAUGAUCUCCAUACCACAAGUACAAUGAUAUUGGAGGUACCGAGCGCAACAUCAAAAGUUAUCGUGCCUCCACAUACUUCAUCUUCAUCUUGUUCUUGAUGCGAUUGCGUGUACUAGUUAAAAAAUUUUCCACAUGUCUAUGUGUAUGUCUUAGGCUUAGCUGAAGACUUGCUUCCUGCUCCACCGAAACCGAGAAUCCCGAUGAUGAGAAUGAUCACGUUCCUUGCUGCUCUUGAACUUGAUGAUGCACUCAUUUCUGUAAUUGCUACUUCUACAACUACGACGCCAAAUGCAAAUUGUAAAUUGCUUUAUCGGAUAAACAAGGCCGCCAGUGCUACUUGUUCUCUGAUGUCGACGUGGUCUCAUCUUCUGG